AUGGGAAGCGAUUUGCAUUCUGAUAAGCAGGACAAAUUGCUCAAGCUGCAAGCUCGAAAGAAGGAAUUAGAGCAGCUCCUGGCAGCAAAAAACGAGGAGCUAUAUAAAUUAUGUGUUCAAGAAGUGCAGUUAACUGGCAUUAUGCCCCCAGAAGCGCCCCUAAGCCCCGAAGUGCCUCAAAGAGAAAGAUUAGGAAGUGUCAAAAGUGUUGAUAGGUCAACAGACGGUGCGGACGUACAAGAUGGGUCUGAUAACUCAUCGAGACGCCUCAGAGCCGCCACAGGUGACCGUUCGAUGGAGACAGACGCAAACUUGCGUAAAAAUCUAUCUCACAGAUUAUCUACACCAUCGAUAUCGGGUAUUUCAACUAAAAGCGCACAUUCAAGACAUGUUCGACGUCCUGAAACUAGUUGUUCUAACUUUUUUCCUUCACCUCCACAAGAGAGGAACACAGAUACAUUUUCUAUACAUACUUCUCAUACAUACCCAGCACUGGCUGGUCGACAUGAAGCAAUGAAUGAGAACCUUCAGAACGACAUGCAACCAGGCACUAUGUACAGACACCAUACCAUGACAACUGACUAUAUGAACAAAAUUUACUAUAACAAUACUCCAGAGGCUCAUAAUGUAUCUAAAUUACGAGAAACUCAUUUCAGUUCUAGCCAUCCCGAUAUAACUACACAUUAUACUCAUGGAAGUAUAGCACCACAACCAGUACAAAAUGGGAUGCGCAACACACCACUACUAUACCAGUAUGCAUCACAUUUGAAAGCCCAGAGCCAACACUUGACAGGAUUAGCUCACCAGCAUCAAUGCAGCAAUCUAAACGCCGCACAGAUGGUGCUCGGAGAAAUACUUUACAGAGAACCCAGACUUACCAUUUAA